AUGACAAGUCUGUUGAAAGCCCAAACUUCAAUGGUUGACUCUAUCAUUAAUGCAAUAAAACAAGAUGAGAUCGGCAAUCAACGAAAGAUACUAGAGAUCUCAGAAAUGGUUGAGAAAAUAAAUAAUGAUGUGGCUAAAGAGUCUUCCCAGUUAAAAAACUCACAGCUUGUCGGACUCUUGUCAACGUACCUGGUAUUCUCCGCAAUGAACCUGCAGAAAGUAGAGUCGGAAAUCAUUAGUGUACUUACCGAUACAUAUAAUGGCAAAAUAAGUCCACUUUUACUGUCUCCUCAUCAAUUGAGAGAAGAAAUUAACAUAAUCAAGGCUAAUCUUCCAAUUUCGCACGCUUUACCAACGGACGAUGAGAACUUGAUUGAGCUCUAUAAACUUAUGAGCGUCAAGGGUGCAGUGACAAAGCAUGAAGUCAUCUUCGAGGUCAAGAUACCCUUAGUCAAUCAACAGUUUUUUGAGCUAUUCAAGGCAGUACCCGUUCCAACAAUAAGGAAUGGCACUCUAAUAGCCAUUAACCCAGAAAAGUCAUACUUGGCUACAGAUGCUCACCGAGACGAAUACAUACUUUUCCAACCUGAGGACAUAUCGAGAUGCCUUAAACCAAAGAAUGACGAAUACAUCGGUAGAAAUCAGCGGUCCAAACUCCAGAGGAACGCAGUCGCCAACCCCUGUGAAGUCAAUAUCUUUAAUAAUCAUUCGACAGCCAAUUGCAAUCUCAACAAGAUUAUUGGAUCUACAGUAUGGACCCAAUUGCAUCAUCAAAAUAGAUGGAUCUUCGCUACUACUGUCGAUGUUGAAUCUUCUAUUGUAUGCGGUACGGAGAGAAAUCUUAUCAUCAUCAAGAAUGCCGGAAUAAUGGAGAUAGGUUCCAACUGUGUCAUGAAGAACCAUUUUGUUACCAUACAUGGACAUUUUGAACCCUCAAAUAGCAUACAAACUUCAUAUGUGAGAUUAAAAAACAUCCAUUCUAUAAGUCCACCACAGGAAAUAGAAAAGAUUCUAACGCUCACGAACAAUACUUCUUACAAGAUUCAUCUGGAAGUAUUGGAUAAUAUACAACGGCAGUUGAAUGAAUCAACUCUUAAAUAUUUGCACACAACUUAUCCACUCCACCAGUCUUCACCAUCAUGCAGUUAG